AGCUCAUUCAGUGUUUCUCAAAACCCUAGCCGCUGCCGGAGCUCCGACGAGAAUGGGUAUUGAUCUCGUCGCCGGUGGCCGUAGCAAGAGGGUCAAGCGCACAGCUCCCAGGUCUGACGAUGUUUAUCUCAAGCUUCUCGUUAAGCUUUAUCGGUUUCUGGUCCGGAGGACGGGGAGCAAGUUCAAUGCCGUGGUGUUGAAGCGGCUUUUCAUGAGCAAGACCAAUCGGCCGCCGAUCUCGCUUCGUAGAUUGAUUAAGUUCAUGGAUGGGAAGAAUGAUAAGAUUUCGGUGAUUGUGGGGACUGUGACGGAUGAUAAGAGGGUUUAUGAAGUGCCGGCGAUGAUGGUUACGGCGCUGAGGUUCACUGAGACGGCGAGAGCCAGGAUCUUGAAAGCCGGUGGGGAGUGUUUGACGUUUGAUCAACUCGCUCUUCGUGCUCCUCUCGGUCAGAACACGGUUUUUCUGAGAGGUCCUAAAAAUGCCAGGGAAGCUGUGAAACACUUCGGUCCAGCCCCAGGUGUUCCACACAGCAGCACAAAGCCAUAUGUCCGUGCCAAGGGUAGGAAAUUUGAGAAAGCCAGAGGCAGGAGAGAGAGCCGUGGAUUUAGGGUUUGAGUCAGACUUACAUAUUUCUAAAUUAUGCAUUUUUUGUUUUCAUCAUUUCGGCUGCACCACCGGCAAUGCAUUUUUUUUUUUUUAACUAUUUAUACAUCCAUGUGUUGGACUAAAUUUCCAAUGAGCAUUUUUAUAAGUGCCUUUUUUUGCUGUUAAAUUAUCCUAAGAUGUAUUAUUACCUUUGUUGUUAUAAUUAACUGAAUUUAUGUAUGCAUUUUUAUGA